ACAAAACAAAGAAUCAGCACCUGCUUAGCUAGAGAAGUAACAAGUUAUGGACCAGAAACAUCUGCAACUGGCACUGAAUGAUGGGCAUUUCAUUCCUGUCCUGGGAUUUGGAACCAGUAUUCCUAAUAAGGUUCCCAAAAGUAAGAUAAUAGAGGCUACCAAAUUAGCUAUUGAUGCCGGAUUCCGCCAUAUUGAUGCAGCAUAUCUGUACCAAAAUGAAGAAGAAGUAGGACUGGCCAUCAGAAGUAAGAUCGCAGAUGGCAUUGUAAAGAGGGAGGACAUAUUCUAUACUUCAAAGCUUUGGCCCACAUUCAGUAAACCAGAGUUGGUCCAACCAGCCUUGGAAAUGUCACUGAAAAAACUGCAACUGGACUAUGUUGAUCUCUAUCUUAUUCAUUUUCCAACACCUUUGCAGUGUCUGCUUCUAUUCCAGCCUGGAGAGGAUAUUAUACCCCGAGAUGAACAUGGAAAACUAUUAUUUGAUACAGUGGAUCUCUGUGAUACGUGGGCGGCCAUGGAGAAGUGCAAGGAGCUGGGAUUGGCCAAGUGCAUUGGGGUGUCCAACUUUAACCGCAGGCAGCUGGAGAUGAUCCUCAACAAGCCAGGCCUCAAGUACAAGCCUGUUUGUAAUCAGGUGGAAUGUCAUCCUUAUCUCAACCAGAGCAAACUGCUGGCUUUCUGCAAAUCAAAAGAUAUUGCCCUGGUUGCCUACUGUGCUCUGGGAACUUCACGAGAUGAGCGAUGGGUGGACCCAGCCUCCCCAGUUCUCUUGGAAGAUCCAGUCCUUUGUGCCAUGGCAAAAAAGCACCAGCGAUCUCCAGCCCAGAUUGCCCUUCGCUACCAGAUGCAGCGAGGAGUUGUGGUUUUGGCCCACAGCUUGAAUGAGAAUCGGAUCAAGGAAAACAUGCAGGUAUUUGAAUUCCAGUUGACCUCAGAGGAUAUGAAAAUUUUAGAUGGCCUGGACAGAAAUUUUCGGUAUAAUACAGCUGAUUAUUUGGCUGGACACCCGAACCAUCCAUUCUUUGAUGAAUAUUAGCACAGAGACCUUUGCCAUGGCUUCCAUCAGAAGCCCCUGCUUAUGAGUAAUGAUGCAGGAGAUGUUUCAGAAGCAGCUUUCUGGACACAACACUUCUUGUCCCUGGAUGCUGCCUGUCAGCGGAUACACAGCUGGCUCUAAGUCUACGGGUCUGGAAGGGAAAAUAUGCAUCUUCGUCACAUCCAGAAGAAUAAUAUCUCAUUGUCUGUGAUAAAUAUUCAUACCUGUACAAUCUA